AUGUAUAUGAAAUGUAAUGUUGAAGGUUGUCCAUGGAGGAUAAGUGCAAGAGUAGGUAGAAAGAGUACUCUCUUUUUACGUGUGGCAACAUUCAUAAAUGAGCAUGCUCAUAAUGCUCAAGACAAUCUUCAUGUGGAACAUGGUGGUUCAGCUAGCUUGACAUCAUUAGUCAUAAUUGAUGAGGUAAAUGAUCAUAUAGAUAGGUAUCCAAAUUAUAUAAGGAAAAGUUUGGAAAGAGAUUAUGACGUGAAGUUGACAUAUAAACAAGAAUAUAGGGUGAAGCAAAAAGUGUUAGAGGAUAUACAUGGCAGGCUUAAGCAGUCUUACAUGCUUAUUCUAUGGAUAUGUGAACGGUUGAAGGAAACGGAUAGCAAAACUGUGGCCAAAUGGGUGGGUAAUACUAAUAAGACAUUUGAGCGUGCAUUCAUAGCAUAUGGGUGUUGGAUAAAAGGCUUUAUAGCUGGUACUAGACAUGUAUUGUACAUUGAUGGAUGUCAUUUAAGUGGACUAUAUAAGAGGACGUUACUAUCAACCUCUGCUUAUGAUGCUAACAAUGAAUUGUUACCUUUUGCGAUUGCUAUUGUAAAGAGAGAGACACUUGAGGAUUGGACAUGGUUCUUAUACAUGAUUAAGCAGAUAGUUAGGUUGAUGGAAUUGACAAUUGUGUCAGAUCGACACAAUACAAUAAUAGGUGCUGUACAAGCAAUAUUUGGUGGUGAGAGGCAUGCAUAUUGUUACAGACAUGUUAAGGAAAACUUCAGUGCACAAAUUAAAUUAAAUAGAGGAAAGAGGAAGACCAAUAGGAAAGCAAGGGAGGAGGGACUGCAAUACCUAGAUGCCAUUACAUAUGCAAGGCUUGAUACCGAGUUUGAUGGUGCAAUGGAUAACAUGAGAAAGUUCAAUCCACAAUUAUUUGAAUAG